ACGGACAUAGGAAAGUAGGAAACGAAGGUUAGAAAAGGAGAGAAAUUAGAAAUUGAAAACCACCUUUGCUGAAUGCCCCGUGAAAUCACCAAAACCCUAAUUUCUUCUUGCAUCCGCUAUUUUCUUUAAUGGUACUCUGCAACUGCUUCAUUCACGUUCAUAGACCUCCGAACUUCUGCCACAUAGCUGUUCAUGGAUUCAUUAGGAAGUCCAGUUUGACCAACUCCCCUGGAAGUAGUAAGGUCAAGGUCGCAGAGGACCUUCAGAAGGAGUCAGAGGAAAUCCUAGAAUGGCAUUCCGUGUGUCGACAAGUCUCGGCAUUCACUUCUACGAGUAUGGGCCUCUCCAUUGCUCGAGAGGGAAAGCUUCCAUUUGGGCGGAGCCUGCAAGAAAGCCAGAAGCUUUUGAACCAGACAACAGCUGCUAUGCUCCUUCCUCGGCCGUUGGAUUUUUCGGGAAUCGAAGAUUUAUCGGAGAUAGUGAGUUCUUCGGUCGUGGGACAACUUAGGACGAUUAGGGAGCUUUGUGCGGUAAAACGCACUCUUCAAUCCGCAAGAGAGCUUUUUGAGCAGUUGGAGGAGGCUUCAUUGAACGGAGAUUCUUCAGACAGGUAUUAUCCUCUGAUCGAAAUACUUCAGAAUUGCAAUUUCCUGACUGAAUUGGAGCAAAAAAUAGGAUUCUGCAUAGAUUGUAAUCUUUCAGUAGUCCUUGAUAGAGCUAGUGAAGAUCUGCAAAUUAUUAGAUCAGAAAGGAAAAGGAACAUGGACAACCUGGAAUCUCUAUUGAAGGAAGUAGCAACUCAAAUUUUCCGUGCUGGGGGCAUUGACAGCCCACUUAUUACCAAGCGCCGAUCAAGAAUGUGUGUUGGUAUUAAGGCUUCCUACAAGUCUUUGCUUCCAGAUGGUAUAGUUCUUAAUGCUAGUAGCUCUGGAGCAACAUAUUUCAUGGAACCCAAGGAUGCAGUGGAGUUGAACAACAUGGAAGUAAGGCUUUCAAACUCUGAGAAAGCUGAGGAGCUAGGCAUCCUGAGUUUGCUAACAUCUGAAAUUGCAGGAUCAGAAACAGAGAUUAUAUAUUUAUUGGAGAGAAUCCUAGAAUUGGAUCUUGCCUGUGCUAGAGCUGCUUAUGCCCGGUCUCUGAAUGGGGUAUGCCCAAUUUUAGGUGUGGAAAUUUGUAAGGGAGCCCGAUCAAAUAAAACUGAAAAUUUAUUGGUGGAUAUUAAAGGUAUACAGCAUCCUGUGCUUCUUGAGUCCUCUCUUGGAAGUUUACACAUGCUUUCUAUAUCAGAAUCAGAGAGUUCAGUUCAGUCCCAUAGGGAGAAUAUCAAACUGGAAUCUGAUAGAUCCACAGGUGGAUCUGUUUUUCCUGUACCCAUAGACAUCAAAGUUGGGCAUGCCACAAAGGUUGUUGUAAUCUCAGGACCUAAUACUGGAGGCAAAACUGCUUCCAUGAAAACUCUGGGAUUGGCUUCUCUUAUGUCGAAGGCUGGCAUGUAUUUGCCUGCUAGAAACUGCCCAAGGCUUCCAUGGUUUGAUCUUGUUCUAGCAGAUAUCGGGGAUAACCAGUCUUUGGAGCAAAACCUCUCCACCUUUAGUGGGCACAUCUCACGUAUCUGUAGAAUCUUGGAAGUGGCCUCAAAAGAAUCACUUGUUCUCAUUGAUGAAAUUGGGAAUGGAACUGACCCUUCAGAAGGUGUGGCUCUUUCAGCCAGCAUUUUGCAGUUCCUCAAAGAUCGGGUUAAUUUAGCUGUGGUUACAACCCAUUAUGCGGAUUUAAGUUGUCUGAAAGAAAAGGAUGCUAAGUUUGAAAAUGCAGCAAUGGAAUUUUCUUUGGAGACAUUACAACCUACCUACCAUAUCCUCUGGGGAAAUACAGGUAAUUCCAAUGCAUUGAGUAUUGCUAAAUCAAUUGGCUUUAAUCAAAAAGUGAUUGAUGAUGCACACAAAUGGGUGGAGAGACUGAAGCCUGACAAGCAAAAGGAAUGGAAAGGUUUGCUUUAUCAGUCAUUGGUGGAGGAGAGAAGCAGAUUAGAAACUCAGGCUAGGAGUGCUGCGUUGUUCCAUUCAGAAGCUAUGGAGCUUUAUAAUGAGAUCAAAGUUGAAGCAGAAGAUCUCAAUACGCGUGAAGCACUUCUGAAAGCAAAGGAAACUCAACGAGUUCAGGAGGAACUGAAAACUGCAAAAUCUCAGAUAGAUGCUGUGGUUCAGAAAUUUGAGGAACAACUUAGUAAUGCAAGUCCUGAUCAGUUUAAUUCACUGAUAAGGGAAGCAGAAGGCGCAAUCAAAUCCAUUGUUCAGGCUCACUGUGUUAGUGAUGGUUUCUCAGUCAGAGAAAUGGAUAAUAGUUCUUAUAUACCACAAGUCGGAGAGCAAGUUUAUGUUAAGGGAUUAGGACAUAAAUUGGCUACCAUUGUUGAAGCACCUGGGGAAGAUGGUACCACUCUAGUUCAAUAUGGGAAAAUGAAAAUGCGUGUGCAGAAAAGCAAUCUUAAAGCUAUUCCAAGUAAUGAAAGAAAGCCUACUGCAAGUUCUAUUGCUCACUCAAAAAGGCUGGAUCAGACUCAAAAAAGUUUGAAGGAUCCUUUGGAUGCAAACAAAGGUGAGUUCUCUUAUGAACCGGUUGUGCAGACAUCAAAGAACACUGUAGAUCUACGUGGCAUGCGAGUUGAUGAAGCCUCUCAUUGCCUGAACAUGGCUAUUGCUGCAAGUAGAUCUCGUGGGGUUCUCUUUGUUGUUCAUGGGAUGGGCAGUGGAGUUGUUAAGGAGCGUGCUCUUGAGAUUUUAAGUAAACAUCCACGCGUUGCAAAAUUUGAACAGGAAAGUCCUUUGAAUUAUGGUUGUACAGUUGCUUAUAUUAAAUGAAUACCGAUUUUGUGUUGGCAACGUCUCAUAUACUCUCUUACUGUGUACUUUGCAAACUUGACAGUCUUGUAUAAAAAGGGAAUAAUACCUAGCUUUCUUUUUCCCAA